AUGGAGGGUCUGAUCCCCAUGGUAUACAAGGUAAUCAAGAGGAAUAAAGUUCGCCGGGAUUACCGCAGUCUCUCGUCCGGGUCUGCUCAAGGUUACAACAUAGCUGAUUUCUACACCGUUGAUCAGAGUCAUGUAUAUACGAUGCCUUCAACCCAGAAGAUUGAUGGUGGUUUUCAUACCGAGGGAAAUGGUCACCGGCGGUGCAACUCUGUCGGAAACUAUGGCGUUGGGUUCACGUUGCCCGAAGAUAAGAGAAUGGAAGCUGCACCACCUGCCCCUAAUCAACUUGUGCGGUUUAGGAGCCACAGAAUGUUCUCAUGUGUAAAUGGUGGUGCCUAG